UCUUUGGAUAUUGGCACAAAAGGACGAUGAGCUCCUUUUCAGAUGGUAAAGGAGCAUUAAGAUGAACAUCCCUGCAGGGUUUGGGCAUGGCUGCACCCGCGAAAGUGGUAACAUUUGCUGUCAAUCCAGCCAUCCGAGUGAGCAUCAUCGAGGCGGAAAACAUGACAUGUAUGCAUUGAAGAACAUCAUAAUUCAGUUCAGUUUUGCGCUCAUCUCGACACUGAUGAAGCCAAAUAUUGAAUGGUAAACAUGUACCCAGACGAUCUGACAACACAAUGAGUCGUAGUCCACAAUGAGCAGUAGUCCAUAGCCAAUCUUACGCCGUCAAAGCAUCUACGUUGGGCCAGGCGGAGAAGGUUCUCGGGGACAAAAAGGGGAAAGUCCAAUAGUCCAAUACACGCGCGUCUGAACGAGUCGGACAAAGACACGAUAUUGGCCAGCGUCUGUGCGCAGCAGCAGCAAGUCAUUCGCCCCCCAUCCAUCCGCCCAACUUUCAAGAAUCCAUCCAUCCAUCCUUCCGUCUUUCCAUCCAUCCAUCGCUUACCAUGAACGGAAUGAACGCCGUAUACGCUACUGAUGAAUACGGGAGACCCGUCAUCAUCCUGCGUGAGCAGGGCAAGAAAUCGCGCAUUCGAGGGAUUGAAGCCCAAAAGUCGCACAUUCUUGCCGCUCGCACAGUCGCAAAUAUUAUCAAGACGUCGUUGGGUCCCCGUGGACUUGAUAAGAUUCUCAUCUCUCCCGACGGUGACAUUACAAUCACAAAUGACGGUGCAACCAUCUUGAGUCAAAUGGAGGUGGAGCAUCAAAUCGCUAAACUACUAGUGCAAUUAUCAAAGAGUCAGGACGACGAGAUUGGAGAUGGAACGACUGGUGUUGUUGUGCUUGCCGGUGCUUUGCUGGAACAGGCGGAGGAGCUUCUUAACAAGGGCAUUCAUCCUAUUCGAAUUUCGGAUGGUUUUGAGAGGGCUUGUCAAGUUGCUGUUGGGGAAUUGGAAAAGAUCGCCGACGAAAUCCCUGUUGGAAAGGAGAACACGGACAUCUUGCUGCGAACGGCGAAAACAUGUCUGGGCUCGAAAAUCGUUUCAAAAUGUCACGACCAAUUUGCGCAGAUGGCAGUGGAUGCUGUUCUUUCGGUAGCGGAUUUGGACAGAAAGGAUGUGGAUUUUGAAUUGAUUAAGGUGGAUGGAAAGGUUGGAGGAUCCCUGCAGGACUCGAAACUUGUUUACGGAGUUGUUGUCGACAAAGACAUCUCGCAUCCUCAAAUGCCAAAAGAGAUUCGAGACGCCCGACUAGCAAUCUUGACCUGCCCCUUUGAGCCCCCAAAGCCAAAAACCAAGCACAAGCUUGACAUCACAUCUGUGGAAGAAUACCAAAAAUUGCAGCAGUACGAAAAGGACAAGUUUGCAGAGAUGAUUAAACAAGUGAAGGACUGUGGCGCGAAUCUCGUUAUCUGCCAAUGGGGAUUCGAUGAUGAGGCCAACCACCUGCUUUUGCAAAAUCAGCUGCCCGCUGUUCGAUGGGUUGGAGGACCGGAAAUCGAGCUUAUUGCCAUUGCUACCAAUGGACGCAUCGUUCCCCGCUUCGAAGAGCUGUCUCCAGAAAAGUUGGGUAAGGCGGGUAUCGUACGGGAACUGUCCUUUGGUACAACCAAGGAUCGCAUGCUCGUGAUUGAAGAAUGCGCAAACACGCGUGCCGUGACUGUGUUUGUGCGUGGAGGAAACAAAAUGAUUAUUGACGAGGCAAAGCGAAGUUUGCAUGAUGCAAUUUGCGUCGUACGGAACCUGGUGCGAGACAAUCGCAUUGUGUACGGAGGUGGUGCUGCGGAGAUUGCCUGCUCAUUGGCGGUGUCUACAGCAGCGGAUGAGGUAUCCAGCAUUGAGCAGUACGCAAUGCGCGGAUUUGCUUCUGCUUUGGAUGCUAUCCCACUCGCUUUGGCGGAAAACUCUGGUCUGUCCCCCAUCGAGACUCUGGCGGAAGUGAAAUCUAGGCAUGCUACAGAGGCCAACUCCCGCUUGGGCAUCGACUGCAACUUGAAGGGCUCGAACGAUAUGCGCGAGCAGCACGUUUUUGACCCGCUUAUUUCCAAGCGCUCUCAGUUCUACUUGGCGACUCAGCUGGUGAAGAUGAUUCUCAAGAUUGAUGAUGUCAUCAUGCCCGGUGAAGCCAGCCAAGAAUAGAAUUAUAUUAUGUAGCGAUAUCGACCUCUCAUCUACACCUUUGUAGUUGAGAGUUGCCUUUUUUGUUGUACAAAAGAAAGCUUGUUCUUGUUGUGAUGCCCGCGCAAUGUGAAUACCGUUGAAAUAAUAGGGUUUAAAAUGGAAUGUUAUCCACCGA